AGGCGGGGCUAGUGCAACUCGCGUUUCCUUUUUUCAAUGAAUUUUUCCAGUGAAAUUCGGGAGGAUGUUUGGGCGCAUGCGUUAAAGUUGUAGUUUUUGUAUUCGGCGUGAUGCGGCGUCUGCAGUUGUCUCUUGGGGUUUUACAUGUUUUUAUUCUGUUUCUGUUUAUUGUGUGCUGGGGAAGUAGCUCAGCAGAUACACACUGGAAAAAAAUUCUUGUUCGAAUUGAUGAGGCAGUGAAGAACUACAGGCCAUGUGUGAAAGAUAACUGUGAGUGUCAUCAAAGAGUUAGGGAACAAGACUUGGCUCCUUUUCGAGAUGGAAUCUCUGAGGAGUUGCUGUCAGAAGCAAUCCGUCGAAAACUUGGGACACACUAUCAGAUCAUUGAGAAGAAGUUGUACCGGGAACAUGAUUGCAUGUUCCCUGCAAGAUGUAGUGGGGUUGAGCACUUCAUCCUGGAAAUUAUUCAGAACCUUCCUGAUAUGGAGAUGGUCAUCAAUGUGCGAGACUACCCCCAGGUGCCCAAAUUUAUGAAACCAAGAGUGCCUGUUUUAUCUUUUAGCAAGACUCCAGAAUACGAUGAUAUUAUGUACCCUGCCUGGACAUUUUGGGAAGGGGGACCAGCUGUUUGGCCAAUAUAUCCUACAGGCCUUGGGCGUUGGGACCUAAUGAGAGAAAACCUCCAAAGGUCAGCAGAAAAAUGGCCCUGGAAGAAGAAAAUUUCCAAAGCCUAUUUUCGAGGAUCCAGGACAAGUGCAGAACGGGACCCCCUCAUUCUUCUUUCUCGAGAGAAUCCAGAUCUUGUUGAUGCAGAAUACACUAAGAAUCAAGCUUGGAAAUCUGAAAAAGUAAAUACUAUAGAAUACUAUUCAAAUGUUAUUAUUACUAUUAGAGACUUCGUGCCUAUGGGGUACGAAGAGGGUGCGCUACCUCCUCCAAGGCGACAGAGUGGCGCACUUUUCUUUUCGAGGCGUUAA